AUGCCUCCUAGACAUAACGUGCCCAGUGGAUAUGCCGGCGGAUACGCGAGCAUACCUCGGAGAGGUCACGCUCCAGUCGUUCAUGAAGACGCAGACAACCGUCUUAGAUGUUCUUCUAGCCACAGAGACGCCGAAAACUGCGGAGUUACAAGAAAAUAUGCAAAGAAGGGUGCAUUAGUCACCACCAAUGGAAGAAAGUAUUUGGAGCCCUAUGGACACGGUGUUGUGACGUUCGACGAUACUUUCAACGUAACACGGUAUGCGUUCUGUCUAGCCACUUUGCUUGUGUCAGAUGACGUCGGCAACGGUUUCCCAUGUCCCUACCUGUUAUCAUAUCGUAUGACAGCAACGGAAAUCCGUGUCCUUUUUGAAUUAGCUAAGGGAUGCGAAAUCGAACUGAAGUACGUCAUGAUACUUAUGAUAUAUGAUACAACGCAUUCGAAGCGGUAUUUCCCUCAAGUGGAGCUGCUAAGGUGCUGUGCUCCUUAUAUGCAAUGUGAACUCCUUUACCGCCCUGCACGUACGACGACAUAUGAUUUUGCACGGUUUGAGCCACCGAAGUAA